AUGGGCGUGCUACAAACUCGUGGCCGGCGUGAUUCGCGCGCUUCGGUCCUGUCACAUGUGAAUUGGAGUUUCGACCGUGACCUGGAUGCUUCCAUUCCAUCGCAGUCGCUGGUGGAACACGCUAAUUUGGGUAGCUCUCCCGGCGGCGUGGAGGCUUCAAGCUACAAUGGCUCGAGCAUGAGAACCCCCAGUCGCUCGUUUUACCACCGCUCUUUUAAUACACCAAACGACCCGGCUCAUUAUGCAUCGGACGGUCUCCGCGAACAAACUGCAGAACUAGCGACUUACGGGCUGUCUUUAAAUAAGGAGCCCUCGCGCACUCGAACGAGCUUGCCGCCUAGCUUGGAUCUCUUCCGCGAACGUCGCCUUUCCAGUAUUACCCAGAAUGAUACCGCGAGUUCGUCGUACCCGCCUGUGGAGGAGGUGACAGAAGAGUCGGAUGCUGUCGAGGAAGAGCCACCGCUGGCUUCGUCGGCCUUGACAGAGAUGAUUCGUCAGCCUACCUCGAAUUCCUCAGAGCAUCAUGGCAGACCUACUUCAGAGAUCGAACCGUUUCCACCUUUACCCCCCACUCACGAUGAGCCAGAGCGAGACACAGAACGGACCUCACUAUUAACCAAGAGAAGAUCCAAAUCUCCGCAUAAUUACGGAGCAGUUGAAGAUGUUGAAAGCCAAGGAGGUAUCACUAGCCGGUCGUCCACCGUCCUGGCUAAGAGUCUUGCCACGGUGGCUCAGUGCUCCCGCACAAUAAUGAGCCCCAAGACCUGGGACCGUCGCGCUAUGUGGGAGCAGGGAAUCGUGCACCCAGUUAGUCUUGUUCCUGCCGUUUUGCUGGGACUUCUUCUCAACAUCCUGGACGCUCUGUCCUAUGGUAUGAUCCUAUUCCCACUGGGAGAACCGCUGUUUGCAGAUCUCGGCUCAGACGGAAUCUCGAUGUUCUAUGUCAGCACAAUUAUCGCUCAGGUGGUAUUCUCAAGUGGCGGGUCGAUCUUCAAAGGAGGAAUUGGCAGUGAGAUGAUCGAAGUAGUCCCGUUCUUCCACCAGAUGGCAUUUGCCAUCAUGAAUCGCAUUGGCAAGGACAAUCCGCAGUCGGUUAUUGCGACUACGAUUCUCGCAUUUUCGGUCAGCUCGGUUUUGACCGGUCUGGUCUUCUUUUUAAUGGGCGUGUUCGGGUUGGGUUCCCUUAUUGGAUUCUUCCCACGCCACAUCCUUAUUGGCUGCAUUGGUGGUGUUGGUUAUUUCCUUUUGCAGACUGGAGUGGAGGUCUCUGCCCGUCUACCGGGAUCUAUGGAAUAUAACCUGGAAACACUGGAGAAACUCUUCCAUGCAGAUACGGUUGCACUUUGGAUAAUACCGUUAUCCCUUGCGAUCGGACUUCUGGUUUUGAAGCGUUUCAUUCGAUCGAACUUCCUUGUCGGGGCUUAUUUCAUUGCUGUGGCUGUAAUGUUUUACGUCGUCGUUCUCAUUGCUAGGGUGCCCAUGGACACUCUUCAUCAGAAGGGAUGGGCGUUUGAUGCUCCCUCAUCAAAUAAUCCCUGGUAUCACUUUUACAGUCUUUAUGACUUUUCUGCAGUGAACUGGACCGCCUUCGCGGAUACUCUUCCAGCCAUGUUCGCAUUGACUUUCUUCGGUGUUCUACACGUGCCCAUCAAUGUUCCCGCACUGGGAAUUUCAACGGGAGAAGACAAUCUCAAUGUGGACCGAGAGCUCAUGGCUCACGGUGUGACAAAUGCUGUUUCUGGAUUUGCGGGUAGUAUUCAGAACUACCUGGUCUAUACGAACAGUCUCCUUUUCAUCGCUAGUGGCGGCGAAUCCCGCUUAGCUGGUCUGAUGCUAGCGGCCGCAACAGCAGGGAUCAUGGUCGUGGGCCCAGUCAUCAUUGGAUACAUCCCAGUCAUGGUAGUCGGCGCCCUGAUUUUCCUGCUGGGAAUUGAAUUACUGGAAGAAGCAUUGGUGGACACAUGGGGCAAGUUGUCACGGCUGGAGUACCUCACGGUUGUUAUCAUCGUUGUUACCAUGGGUGCCUGGGACUUUGUUAUGGGUAUCCUAGUCGGCAUUAUGCUGGCCUGUGUCAACUUUGUGGUUCAGACCUCUCGAAAAUCCGCUAUUCGAGCCACCUUUUCAGGAGAGAUUGCUGGUUCGACGGUUCGUCGUCCGCCGAUCCAGCAGCAAUUCCUGCACGAGGCUGGUCAGCAGACUGUCAUUAUGAAGCUUGGUGGCUAUCUCUUCUUUGGCACAAUUGUCAACGUAGAGAACACUAUGCGAGGUCUGAUCCAGGACGAUGCGUUCAGGAAGCAGCCCAUCCGAUUCCUGAUCCUCGACUUUUCGCGAGUCUAUGGAUUAGAUUUCUCAGCUGCCGAAGCAUUUACGCGUAUCAAUCGCAUCCUCCGCAAACGCAACGUCCAAACCACCAUAUCCGGUCUCAAUGUAGAAGGUGACGUGGGCAAGAGUCUCCAAAAUGUAGGCCUUUUUGAACCCGAAACAGGUGUCCCAAUUUUCGAAGAUCUCAACGCCGCCCUCGAGUUCUGCGAGAACGACUACCUGAAAGUCUUCUACAGUCGCCAGGAAGCGUUGAUCAGCAAACCUCUGGAGUCUUCACACACCACCAAUCAUCUCGAUGUCCCAGUUCCCGUUCCACCACCCUCUCACCCCAACUUAUCCGAAACCAUCGUCAGUUCUCCACGUGGCCAAUACCUCCAACGAGUCGCAACGAGCACAAUCCGCGAACAUGAAACAUCAAUGUCAAUGAUGGCUGCACCUGCCUGGUCCGCAAUGCGUCAACCUCUUCCCCUCCUCUUACAAACCUUUCAGGGCCUCUCCAACCAAAACGAGGACUUCUGGUUCCCUGCCUGCGCCUACUUCUCGCGCGAGGUCUACCCGGCAGGCACUAUCUUAUAUCACGAAGGCGACGUCCCACGGGCCUUCUAUCUCCUUGAGGCUGGUAUGCUGCGCUGCGAGUACGACCUCCCUCAAGGGCGCUACUUCGAGCUCGUCGUCGCCGGCAGGCCGUGCGGCGAACUACCGUUCUUUAGCGAUACACGUCGCACAGCCACUGUCAAGGCUGAGCACGAAUGUGCGGCUUGGUGUCUGAGUGACAAGAAAUGGAAGGCCCUUCAGGAAGCGGAGCCGCGAGUCGCCCGUGAACUGUUAACGGUCAGUCUGAAAUUGACAACCGAGCGCAUGGACUGUAUCACUUCAUAUGUAUUGACGAUGGCUGCUUGA